AUCAUCCACAUUCUUCAGGGGAUGAGGCUCCCCCAACCAAAAUCACUAGAGGACCCACUAGGAUGAAACAACUAUUGAUCAGGAAAAAUAGUGGUGAAAGAACUCCGGUGAAUGUGAAUGUCACCACGGGUGUGGCAACUGGCCCCUAUGCAGAUGACUUCCGAUCAUACCUUGGAGUAGUGGCACGUGAUAAGAUUAGCAUUCUCAUUCCAUCUUUUGAUCAUGUGUCCGAGGUUGAUCGGAACAUUAUUUGGAAAGAUAUAUUGAUGACAUUUGACAUUCCAAAUGUCACAUCACUUAGAAAUAAGUGUUUGUCAACUGUUGCAGAAAAUUUCAGAAACUUUAAAAGCAAGUUGACAUCAAGAUACAUCUUUGGACACCUUAAACAUAAAAGUCCAUGUAGUGCAUAUAAGUUCAAGUGUAUUCCCUGA